UCCCAGGAUGGGGGGGCGGUGAGGCCGGCCCACCCCGCCCCCAUGGCUGCCCGUCGGAGCCAGAGGCGGAGGGGGCGCCGGGGGGCCCCGGGCACCGCCCUGCUGGGCCCACUCGCCCUGGGUCUGGGCCUGGCGCUGGCCUGCCUGGGCCUCCUGCUGGCCGUGGUCAGUCUGGGCAGCAGGGCAUCGCCGUCCACCCAGCAGGCGCCUUCCCAGGGGGAGCUGGUGGCAGAGGACUUCCAGAGCCUGGCGGAACUGACUCCCCAGCCGGAGGAAACCCAGGACCGUGUGUCUUUUCCCAAAAGACGGGUUCGGCCUCGCAGAAGCGCACCUAGAGGCCAGAAAAAACGAACCCGAAGAGCGAUUGCUGCCCACUACGAAGUUCACCCACGACUGGGACAGGAUGACGCACAGGCAGGUAUGGACGGGACGGUGAGUGGCUGGGAGGAAGCCAAGAUCAACAGCUCCAAUCCGCUGCGCUAUGACCCCCAGAGCGGGGAUUUCAUAGUCACCCGGGCUGGACUUUACUACCUGUACUGUCAGGUGCACUUUGACGAGGGGAAGGCAGUCUACCUAAAGCUGGACUUGGUGGUGGACAACACGCUGGCCCUCCGCUGCCUGGAGGAAUUCUCGGCCACUGCUGCGAGUUCCCCGGGGCCCCAACUCCGGCUCUGCCAGGUGUCCGGCCUGCUGCCCCUGCGCUUGGGGUCCUCCUUGAGGAUUCGCACUCUACCCCGGGCCCACCUCAAGGCUGCCCCGUUUCUCACCUACUUCGGACUUUUCCAAGUACACUGAGGGUGGGUCCCUGGUUCCCUGUGACUUUCCCUGGUGGAUGGCUCCUGACCACAGCUCCCUGAGCUCCUCUGAGCUCGAAGCUGGCCCCUCUGCCCAUGCAACUCUGCACUUCCCCAGCCUGCCCUUUUCCUCUCAGGGCUGCCUGGGCACUCUCACUUGUUUCCCUGCCACACCAGUAUCCCCCCUUCUCAGCAACUCUCCACACCUCCGGUUCUUGCCUUGUUAGCCUCUUGAUCUGCAUCUUUCAGUACUUAACUUCUAACUUUCCACUCUGGCCACAGCCUCUCUACCCCUGACACUGUGUUUACUGUAUUAUGGGUGAAGACGGAUCCCAAAUCUGCCCCCUUUGGGCACUCAGAGGGGCUGGAUGCCUGAGACUGGGACUAGGCCAACCGUUCCGAAUGGGAGGGAUAAGAGACCAAGAGAGACUUUCCUCUGAUAAUUCCCUGUGGAUUUUAAAAAAGAUUAUUUUUAUUAUUGUGACAAAAUGUUGCUAAUGAAUAUUAAAGAGAAUAAA